AUGGAAUAUUUCGAAAAAUUAAAAACUUACGGUGAUCAAGUUAAAAAUGUGGUUGUUAAAUCAAUGGUUGAUACAGCUCAUGGUGGACAAAAAAUGUUUAAAGAUGUUCUACCAGGAAAUUUAGUUACACGUGAAUUUGAAGUAU